CAGCGAAACCGGGCAUUAUGAGCUAAUUUCAAACGAUAUCUAUAAUAAAGAAUUCGCAAAAUUAUAUAUAUUGGUGCAGAACGUUAAAAGCCUUCAUAUUAAUUAUCCUUUCACACCACUCCUUUUGUAUCUAUACGGCUGGCAACACCACAACGUCUGCCACAACGGCACGGAGUUGAAAGGCGACUACGAAGACGUUCCUGUGAAAAGUUGCGAUUUUUUGUGAACAAAUAAAUUAUUUUUAAGUAAAAAAUGCAUUGAACUGUAGUUAAGUGUGCCCUUUUAACUUAAUGUUAAAAACUUUGUGUGAAAAUGCAACGCAAAAGCAAUAAAGUGUUUCAGUGAAAAGUGCCCACCUCAGUUCCUUGUCCCGUGGCUGUAUCAUGCAGUUUCUCGAGUGCGAAAAAUUUAGAGAAAGCCAUUAAAUAAAUUUAUUUGCAAGAAACAGUGUAAGCGCUUUUCAGCGUCAAAAACGCCAAGUUCAUAUUGCAAAACAGGUUAAAUUUGCCGCACAUGAUUUUUAUUGUUCAGCAAAGAGAAAUUCUUGAGCAUCGGAAAAAACUGCAGAAAAAUACACUAUUUGCGCCCAUUUGCUUUGGUUUUUCUUCUCUAUCAUAGAAAUAAAUGCAUAAAAGAGACGGGGAAAGUGUAUUAUGCGCACUAGCCAUCGCCGUCGUUGCCUUCAUUUAUCGCCGUCGAUAUGUGCUGAGAAAUGAUGAAUACCGAUGUGAAGUGUAAAUGCACAAAAAACUACAAGACAAAUAAAUUUGUUUUCAUUGUGAACUUUACAAGUUUUUAUUGUGUGGACAAUUCACCAUGCGCUCUAAAUGGACUGCCAAAAUUUUCUACAUUGGACUUUUUCACCACUCAAAUUCCUUUUGUUCGGCUACAACAACAACAACAAUAACGUAGAAUACGAAGUCUGCUUACCGCGUUUGUGUAAAUUUCAUGCGACUGCAUGCAGAAGAUUUGUGAAAAGUAUUGGAUUUUCUAAAAAUAGGUAUAAACAAGUGAAUUUGAAAGCAAGCUUUGCUGUGUUUACCAUGAGCGCGAAGCAUGAAUAAAAAGCAAUAUAUGAAAAAGGAAGAAGACACUAGACUCUGCAGCGGAUUCGGUGUCUCUGGUGUCACGUCUACCGUAACGUCUUCCGUAUUCAGGAGAAUUGUGAGUGGGUUCUCGAGGUGCUUUUACGGUUCCUCAGCGUAGUGCUUUCACCAAGACUGAACUCGCUACCCAAGGGUACAUAUGUAUGUGCAAGUGUCUGCUCCAUCCCCGCAAAUAUACCUUUCCGAUUGUACUAGUAACAUUGCAUUGGCCUUAAAAAUAAUGAAGAUGUUACGUACAAUUAGUGCAUUUAAAGUGAUCGGGAAGAAAUGUGAGUGAUGAUUUUGAUUUUGACUCCCUAACAACGAAAGCUACACCCUUCAUUUAUUGCAAAUGAAGGAAAGCACAACGCUCCUUUCUAUUAAAAGUGUAGAAACUGGGCGAAGUUCGUAGUCAACUCUUUUCCACUGAAACAUUAAAAAAAAUUGCCAAUGAGUCGCCGACAGUCACUGGAUCGACCAGGAAUAUUGUCUCCUCCGGGUCCGUUUCUAACGCCCAGUCCGUCGCCAUCAAUAUCAGCUAGUCCGCGUUUGCAACCGUCACCUUCAUUGUCACCAUUUCCGCAGGAUGUUCUACUCGUAGCGGGUAAUACAAUCACAAACGCCACACACGAUCAGGAACGUAAAGCUACCACACCGGGACGAAGACAAUCGUUACAUCAAUUCACUAAUGGCAGUCCCAACGCCGGUACUGUUGUAUUCCAGCCAAGUCCAUCGCAGUCACCAGCGGCAGCGACCAGUGUUAUCGGUGUGACAGCCGGUGUUGGCGGUGCGGCGAUAGCAACAACAACACCUACAGCCGGCAAUGAAUUCAACACAACACUUGUUGGAUCUAAUAAUAUACAAUUAAAUAAGAAGGGCAAUAAGCGCAACAGUCAGCAGCAGCAUCAACAGAAUCAACUUACUCAGCAGCAUCACCAAAUAUUCAGCAGUGCUGUAACACCAACUUGUCACACUGCGCCCUCGAUCUCGAAUACUGUAGCCGGCGGCUAUGGGCAACCACAUGCAGCAGCGAUUAAUACGUCGAGUUCGUUUGCGUCAGCAAAUGUGGCUGGUUGCCCAAAAGGUCAAGCGAAAAAAGCCGCCGCAACAGUUCUACCGACGUCGACGUCGUUGAGUCAUCAGCAUCAGCAACAGCAACAGUUCCAACACUAUCAUAGCAAUAGUCCGCUGAUAGCUGACAGUCCAAUACCGAGUCCUAGCAAUACAAUUACCGCCGCCGCAAUUAAACCGUCAACACCACAACCAAUGCAAAUGUUGCAGCAACAAUUCACGAUUACAGGCAGUGCGCCGCACCAAGGGAAUCAACCGCAGCACACGCAGCAGGUCUUUCAAAUCAUCCAGGGGCCACAGGGACAAAUUGUUGCGGCGCCGGCUGGGCAGCAGCAUUCUUUGCAGCAACGAUUGAUAGGCAGCACCGCAACAGUUCAAGCACAUCUGGCGCCAACGUCGUACAGUAGUUUUAACAGUACAACAACGAAUACGGUAACAAAAUCAACUAAACCGCCGCAACAAAUACUGCCAAAGCCACAGCAACAGUCUUGUAACGAUGCCAGUCAACAGCAACAAUCGCAGCAACACCAACAGCAAAAGGGUAAGGUCGUUGGUGGCAAUGCGACGACCGCCACUUUGCACAGCAAUCCCAACAACAUGGCUCAAAUGCCACAGAUCUCGCAGUCACCGCAACCGCAACAGGCACAGAUCAGUGUUUCGGCUUCGCCCACCUCAGGUGGCGGCGCACAGCAACAGCAAAUUCUUCUGCCAACAGGUGCCACAGCCAGCCUUACACAACAACCAUUGUUGCUCAAUCAAAUGCCAGUGCUGGUACAGCAAAAUACACCGCAAGGUGUACAGCUUAUACUACGACCGCCAACACCGCAGCUGACGGCCACACCUUCCCUGGUUAUUCAAAAUGCGCGACCGCAAGCGCAGCUGCAACAGCAACAACCACAGCAGUUGCUGCGUAUUCUGGGUACAAAUGGUGCAACGAUGCAAUUGGCCGCCGCCACUCCCACCUUCAUAGUGUCCUCACAGGCCAACCUCAUACAACAGACUGCAAAUCAUAUACAAACGAUUAAAACGAAUGCCCAAAAUCAGGCCAUAACUCAGCUGACUGGCUUACAUGCAGCACUUUCGGCAACAAAUCCCCAACGAUCUCACCAGCCGUUCACCACAACGGCGACCAUCAACACCAGCCACUUGCUAGGUCCAAGUAUGGCCGCACAAUUACAGAAUCUACAAUUGGCAGCCGCAGCAGCAAACGGUGGUAGCAUUACACAAAUUCAAAUGCCUAAUGGAUCAUCGCCUGCCACCACAACAAUAUUGUCACAGUUACCGGCGCAGUUCCAGCAAAGUUUGAACAAUGCUGCAGCCGGAGGCGGUUCACUCAUCAACUUAAAUCAGUUGAGCGGUGCGAAUAUUCAACAAUUGGCGGCGGCGGCAGCGGCUGCGGGCGCGACUUUCCAAACUCCACCACCACCGUCCACAAGUUCCAAUGCCGGUAUGGAUAUGUAUAAUGCGCAACACACAACACUGCCCAGCUUGACACACACGUCACAGGCAUCGGAGCCAAUGCGUCAGCCUACACCUACAUUGUUACAGAGUGCCAGCGGGACCACUGUAACUAUGAAUCAACAACUAACAAAUGGGCACCAAGCAACGCCCUUAAUGAGCGCUAGCAUUGCUAACAAUGGGCCUCCAAAUUCCACAAUGCAAAUUCAACAGCAGCAGCAGCAACAACAACAACAACAGCAACAACAACAGCAGGUCUUACAGCCGCAAAAUGAACCAAAAAAGAAGGCAAAGCCGCGGAAGAAAAAACAGCCCACUGCCAGCGCUACAGCAGCAGCCGCGCCUGCAGUGCAGUCACCUGCAAUAACGACAACAGCGCCUUCACCUUCGCCUACGUCGCAAGCCAAAAAUGUCGCAAAUGCUGUAUCGUCAACAGGUUCUAAUUCAGUAAACAACAAAUUCAAUACACCCGCCGGUAUAUGCAAUAGCACGAAUGUUAUCCCACAGCUCCAAUUCUCACAAUCCUCGCCGCAAAAUGUGAAAUUGACUUUCACCACUAACCAUGGCAAUAGCGGACAGGGCCAAGCGAAUUCAUCUCAACAACAGCAGGAUCAAGCGCGACCAAAACUUGAUCUCGGCAACGUUAUGAAGCUUUGUGGUAUCAUGGAGGAUGAUGACGACGAUGAAGAUUACAUGGAUGCAAUGUCCACGCAUGAUGAAAGCGCGUCUACCACAGCUUCUGCAGCACCACAGCCGCCGCCACAGCCCUUGCAGUCAGCGCCAACGCCAUCAAUUACUUCUACAACUGCUCCGGCACCACCAAACGCUAACGAUAUAAUGAUCUCGAUACCCAGUCAAAAUGGCGCCGAUUCAUUGCCUUUCACCGUAACAAUACCUGCGGCGGCAGCGUUGAACACUGCGGCAACGUCCAGCAACGGCGCCAACGAUACGACUGAGCCUCACAAUAUCUAUAUCAAAAUUGACCAAACUGACGCCGCCUCCGCACCGUACACGAUCUCGAUACCGCGCUUGCCAACUGCUGAGGAAAUACAACAGCAAGCGCAACAGCAUCUAGCGCAGCAAGCUGCAGCAGCAGCGGCGGCAGCUGCCGCUGCGCAACAACAACAAUCCAACAAUAAGACUGUAUCGUCAACAAUGAGCUUCAGUAUGUCAGCCGGGAAUAAUUCGCAACUACACACUGUUCAACAACCACAAUUGCAGCCUCCGCUCUUUAAUAUAGCGACUAGUGGCGCCUCGCUGCAAAUAUCCACUUCCAGUAGUAAUCCCACAAUAUCCAUUCCCACACCUGCAAUCACAACAACGACAACCACAACCACAACAGCAGCAGUGAAACCACGACGUAAACCAGCAGUGCGUCGCAAUGGCAAAAAGCAGGAUAACGUAACUACUUCAAGUUCGCCUGCCAGUACAACAAGCAGCGCAGCACCAACCUCAAUUACUACAACUACAACUACCACCAACAGCGUUUCGGUGAUGCCCUCUUUAACAGCCACAAUUACACCAGCCACGCCAACGCCAACCGCCGGUACAGCGGGUAGGACUUCGGCAACACCACCGGCUCAAAAUCAGCUGCAGAGCGCUUCAGCCGCAAGUCACAUUACGGCGGCGACACUGCCGUCAGCAUCAACUGCACCUACAUUGACUACGACGAUGUCAGGUGCACCGCAGGUUCCUAGCCAAAUUGGUAAUAUACAAAUAUCGCAGGUUGAUGGCACGAAAAUGUUACCAAAUCACAAUGGAGGUGGUGCAGUAGAGAAUAAAAUACAGAUUAUGCCAAUUUUGGACAGCACAGCUACUGCGGUUGGAGGAGGCCCACUAAUUAAGAUGCCUACGCAACCGUCGACUUCGCACUAUCAAUCGCAGGCGACUCAGCAACCACAACAGCACCUUCCACCGCAACAACAGCAAUCGCAACAGCAAGUUUUAUUCCAACAACCACACACUCAGGCAAAUGUACAAACACAUGAACCUCCCGCCACCACUAGUAAACUAGCCGCUGACGGUCGACAAGUGCAACUAGUGGCCAUACCGCAAACAUCGGGACCCACUGCGGUGGUGGCUUCCACUAAUCAAACACCAACAGUACAACAACAACCCACCAAUGUAAUGGCUUCAAACAAUAACAGUGCCAAUAAUAUUAAUAAUAGUAAUAAUAAUAAUAUAUCGACGCCAGCAACUGCCACCAUACUACCACCACAUAUCACCGGUAUGCCCAGCAAUGUAUCGAUAUCGGUGGGUUCACCCGCAUCAGCAACUGCACUUAUUCAGCAACUCACCGGCAGUUUGACAUUGGCGGUAUCAGAGCACUGCGAACGUCUUAUAUUGCGGCACAAUCCAAAUCAACCACAGGAUCAGCAAUCGCAGCUAAUACUCCAAGCACUACUUAAAGGCGCAUUGCCAAAUGUGACAAUAAUCAAUGAGCCAACUAAACUGGAUAACAGUAAUAAUGGCGGCGGUGGCAGUAGUGGUGGUAACCAGCAGAAUAACCGCACGAAUGCGGGUGGAAUAAAUGCAAUAGCACCGACAUCGGUGAACAGUGCUUCGCAGCCACAACAAACUAAACCAGCGGUUGCGUCCAACACCGGGGCCAUAAGUAAAGUCACUCUGCCAACGCAUGUUUCUGCGCCUAUAGGAACGAAAACGCCCACACUACAAUUGCAGUUCAAUGCUUCGCAAACACCGAUUUCCGGAGGUGCGUCUGCAGGAACAGUGGGAUCAACUCUUCAAUUACAAAUGCCGCAACAGUCGCCGCAACAAAGAGCGCUGGCACAACAGCAAGGCAUGAUUCAUUCUGCGCAGCAGUUGUUGCAACAGCAGCAGCAACAUCAACAGCAGCAGCAACAGCAACAACAACAGCAACAACAACAACAGCAGCAGCAACAACAACAACAGCAGCAGCAACAACAACAGCAGCAGCAGCAACAACAACAGCAGCAGCAGCAACAUCAACAGCAGCAACAACAACAACAACAACAACAACAACAACAACAACAACAACAACAGUCAAUGCUACCACAGCUGUCGCAAAUGAAUACGUUACUUGGUGCUGCAUCAUUAGCCGCUCAAGGCCAACAACGUUAUGUAUCGUUACCUAAAAUAAAUGCGGCAACACAGCAGAUAUUUUCUCUAAACAGCGAAACGAAUCAAAUCACUCCCAUUAGUCCGACGCAGACUGCUGCAUCAAUUGGCCCCACCGAACGUCUGCUGAUCGCGCCAGCCGGCAUCAAUGCUCAGCAAUUAGCACAGUGCCUGCAGCUGGGUCAAAUACAUUUCAACGAUGUGAAUCCGUUGCCACCCAGCACUCAGCCGCAACCCACGAUGAUGGCCAUGAAUCCGACACUGGCCAUUAAUCAGCAAGCAAUGCAACAACAACAGCAACGCUUACAGCCGCCGCAGCAGCAAAUAGUACACCCGCAACCCAUCCAACCCCUAAGUAGUAUAGCAAGCAGCGUCAACACUAAUAGCACUAAUGCAACUACAAAUACGGUUACUAAGCAAGUGGCCAACGUGGCGCCCAUUAUUGAUCAGAGUAAAGCCAAGUUGGAGCCGACAAAAGUUGUAGCGCCAACAGGUGCCGUCGCAAAGAAGAAGCCAGUACGUAAGCCGAAGGCUACCACUACAGCUGCCGAUGUAGCCAGUGGCACUGCAGGCAUAAAAAAUGCGAGCGUCGUUAAGCCAAUGCCAAAAUUGGAUCCGCUGUCGCAGAAGCCGAACAAUAACCCCGUACAGAUCGUGCAGCCGAAUGUAGCCAGUGGCAAGCAAGUAGUCGCCGCAGGUGCUCCCGGUAAUUUAACGACAGCAGGCAACAACAGCAUACAACCCUUUCAGUCAAUGCAACAAACGACGAAAUUGAUUGGCGUAACGGCGCCCAUGCAACAGCUGGUCGCCUCUGGAGCGAGCUCACAGCAACAGCAGCAGCAGCAGCAACAACAACAGCAACAACCAACAAGCAGUGCACCAAUGAUGCUGCAGUCUCCAAAUGUUCGCGGCUUUGUUAGCAGUGCAAGCAUUACUGUUGGCUCAACUACAGCAACCAGCACCAGCGGCAUGGGUACCAGCAGUAGCGCGGUUACAAGUAGUAGCGCGGUUACAAGCAGCAGCAUGAUGAUGACGUCAUCGUCGACGACUCUGACGCCUAGUUUUAGCAAUAACGCACCGCCGUCUCUUUCGGCUCUGAACUCGUCUAGCAAUGCAAGCGCAACACCACAGCAACCGCAGCAGCAGCAGGCAGCACAGCAGACUCAGCAACAACACACAGUGUCGCGUGUACAAACAAUUCAGCUGACGGCGCAACAGCAGCAGAUGUUUAAGCAAGUGCAAAUGCAAAUCCAAUUUCUGACUAUUAAGUUGCAGCAUAAAUCGUUGCUGAACUCACUGCCAUUGCCGCCCGAUUUUGACCCAGCCAUCAUAGCUGCAUAUGCCAAACCUAUGAGCGAUCCUGAGAUAAAUGUGGCACUGCAACGUCUGUAUACAGAGCAGCAGCGCAUAUUGGCCGCUGGCAAGGAAAUGCCUACGCCCGAAGCCUAUCUUCAAAUGCCUUCGAUGGGCAAUGGCGCAGGCAUUACACUAAUGACGCAGCCGACACUGAUGCAACAACAGCAUGUAGGAGUAAGUAAAGCAAAUACAACGGGCAUACCGGCGAAUGUCGUACAACCUAAUAACCACUCAUCUACCGUGACCAAUGCGAUGGGCAGUGCUACAGCUGGUCAGCAGCUGCAGUCGCAGACACAGCCGCAGGCGCAGGCCGGAGUAACGCAUCGAAUUCACAUAUAUCCGAUGCAACAUCACCAAACAGUGCAGCAAAAUAAACAACAACAACAACAACAACAACAGUCCAAGUCGCAGCAAACACCAACAACUUCGCGUGGCAAAGACAACGCUAACACCGGUGGAAGGGGAUGCAAAACGCCAACACCCAACUUGCAGCAAAUAGCGCAGAAUUGCAACAGCAAUAGCACGUUGGUGCCCUUGAGCACACAGAAGCAGCAGCCAACACUGGUGCCAACAACAAAAGCGCCUGCUUUACACUAUCAGCAGCAACAAACGCAGCAACAGCAAUUCAUGCUACAAAAGCCAGUUCUAGUGAGCAACAUCAACAGCAGUAGUGCAAGUCUCAUGAACGGACCUCCGCCCCUAGUUUUCUCUAAUCCGUUGAUUGCUGCCGCAGCCGCAACAACAAGCAGCGCUACGCUUUUCACAUCUGGCCAAAAUGGUUUCUUGCAUGCCUUCUCGCAAGCGCCCGCCAGCAGCCUAUCCACAAUAACGACCACCGCAGCACCAGCCAACACAGUUACAAGCUCAAGCAGCGCUAUCAAUACCACGACAACUGCAACCGUAACUUCAACUGCAGCAACAGCAACAUCAACAUCAGCAUCAACGUCUAAUUCUAAUAGUGCUGUCUGCACGAGCAUAUCUGCUGACACAACCGCCAGCACAACGAUUACCACAACAACAACUGCGGUAGGUGCUGCCGUAACGGCAACCGAAAGUACGCCACCAUUGGAUACUCAAGCGCCACUUCAACUGCCGAGAAGUAAUGCAUCGUACGUGUCUGGCAGCAGCAACACCACCACCAGCACCACCACUACCCCCACAAUGUCCGCCACUACACUGGGCAUGCAUAUGAUCAAAUCAGAAGAGAACAUGGCGCCACAACCGAAACUCGCACGUCUUUCUUUAUUUUUACGUCAAUUGGAGUUGGAUCAGCAGGCGUGCUUAAAACCUGACUACCUCAAUCCCUUUCAGGACAAAGAGGAGGCCGUAAAACGGUUAAUAAGGUAUCAUUGCAUGUAUGAGAGUGUUGAGGAUCUAACAUUUGAGGAUGAAGAGCGUUUCGAGCAGACGGCGAUGCAAUAUCAGGAAAAAUAUCACAAAAUUUCAACCAAAUACCAAAAGAUCUUGCUGCAGGAGUCAACGUUAGCUCAUCGUACAUCCGAAACUUGUCAAAUACAACAAUUAAUGAUUGAUGAUCUGAGGACGGAAAUGGAGCAUUUACGAAAUUCGGAGCGUGAGCAAGCAUUGUAUGAGCAGCAAUUGCACCAACAACAACAACAAAAAGAUCUGCCGGAGCGCGAGCAAUUCGAACAAAAUGUUGAUCAAUUGCCGUCAGUCGAAAUGCAGGAAGUAAAGCAGGAACUCAAAGCUGUAAAAGACGAACUGCAGAUAGGCGGUGCUAAGAUAAGCGUAAACAUUGACACUGCACUUAAAACACUUGAAAUUAAAACUGAGCCUGGUGACAAUAGCAGUAGCAACGCCCAUUCAGGUUGCAAGGAAAACAAAGAAGCAGCUCCAUCAUCGCCAGCUGUAGAUAAAUUUGACUUUUUAAAGCAAAGUAUAGCUAAUAACUCACCAACUAAUGACGGCAACAAGCAACAGCAUAUGCUGCAGAAUCAGAAUUUGGAGCAGCAGGAGCAUAAACAAAACGAAUUACUACCGAAAAAGGAAGAGAAACCCAGUUGGCAUAGUGCAGUGACAGCGACACCCGCAUCGUUUGAAAAUUCGAAUUCUGAUUCAGUCGAGUCAAAUGUGGGCAAUGGCAAAUUACCGGCAUCCAAUUUCUAUCCGUCCAGUAAAAAGCAGCUGAAUGGCACUAUUAAGCGAGAUACGGCGCCCCUAACUGCUCCGUGUACUUAUAUCAAGAAGGAGUUUGAAAAUUUCGAUAUUGAAUCAGAAAUAACACCGAGUUUUAUUAUGAAAAAAGUAGAACAUAAAGAUGUGCUGUCGUCACCACCACCAACGCAGCUGAAUACCGCCAAAAUGCACUACAAGCAAGCCAGGGAAAAGACCGAGCGCAAUAAUGCGCAUGAUCAGCAGCAACAACAGCAACAGCCAAGGGUAGCGACAAGUGCGCCAGCGGGUAAUAGUUUUGCUGCACAAUAUUUGCAACACAAUUCGAAGCAACAACAGUUACAGCAGCAACAGCAACAUCAACAGCAGCAGUUUAAGCAGCAGCAACAGCAAUUGAAGCAUCACCAGCAGCAGCAGCAGCAGCAGCAACAACAACAACAACAACAACAAGAAGACGAUUGGCUAUGCUUGCAGAAAGAGUUAAAUCUUAUCAACACCGAAAAUAAAAUGCCAUUGCAGCAUUUGAAUAAUCUGCAGCAACAGCAGCAGCAGUCACAGCCUAUGAAGUCGCUCAAUCUCUUUGAGCGCUCGCCCAGCAAUGAUAGCGGCAGCAGCAUGGGCACAGUUAGCAGCGGACAAUCUGGUCACUUAAUAGAUCUCUUUCCAAAUGGUUGUAUAAACAAGAACACCCAAUUGAGCCCCAGUAGUAGUGACUCCACCCAACACCAUGAACAGCAGCAACAGCAACAAAACUGUGAUCAAGGCGUGCAGCCUACCAGUGACCACCACCAAAACCACCAACAAGAGCAAGAUUCACAUAACCAUAUGCAGUCAACACUCAACGAAUUCUUCGACUCCGGUGACGACAUGGCAGAUGUACAUAAGUCGGUAGAGACGCGCCUGGAGGCCAUGUUCGGCGAGUCUCCUGUUCAUUUGAGCAAAAGUGGCGGAAGCGAUUCGCAAGACAUUGAAGCUGGACUAGAUGAGAUUUUCGGCGAUGACAAAUCAAACGAUAGCAACACCGACUCUAAUUCGAAGCAGCAGCAACAACGUCUGUGGGAUAGUGAGCUUUCUGCAGCGAAUAAUUUUAUGCGAGUCACAAACACCCAAGAGGGUGGGCUAUUUGGAAAUGAGCAGCAGCAAAUGCAACUCAAUCAGCAACACUUGCAACAAAGCUUGCAAUUAAAUAUCACUAACAGUUCAACACGUUGGAUGCAAAACAUCGAUGCUCCAUUUGGCGAAUUCAUAGCCAACUCCACCAAUGACUGCUCUGAGUCACGUAAAAGGCGUUGGAAUGCUGAAUUAAUGUCGCCCGAUGCGGACGAUACUCUCGAUGGUGCAAAGAAAAUGUGCCCAAUGUCUGGUUCCUCGAGCUCAUCAUCGCCUAUAUCAGCACAGCAGCAGCAGCAGCAACACCAGCAAACCCAACAACAUCACGAAAGUAUUAUGGAGGCUGAUCUACUGUCGCUACAUGAUGGCAUACGUGUGGAGCCUGCUGCAGCACAAAUGUUGCAAAUGUCUGCUCAGCAGCAAGCUGUCUUCUGCCAAACACAGCAGCAGUUCAGUAAUUUAUUGGAUGGUGUAGAUCACCAUCAACAACAUUUUACUAGCGCACAACACCAACAGCAGCAGCAAUCUCACCUUCAGCAUAGCCAUCACCAUCUUAACCAUCAACUUCACACACACUUACAAACGCAUAUGCAAAGCAAUCAUAUCGGCGGAGGCGACUUUGAUGAUGACAUAAGUCGGCAUGUGCAGAAUGCCAUUGACAGCAUUUUGAAUUUGCAAAACAGUGAAUCAGCAGACUCGCUCAACUUCUCGUUAGAUCAUUCGAUGGGCUCGUUGCUCGGCGACAGCAUACUUGACGAUAGACAACAACAACAAACGACGGUAAAUUGCCAAGAUGGCGUUAAACGAAGACACCAUCACCUUGUCGACGAAUUGGGCGAUUGUCUGAUCAGCGGUGGCGGCAGUGGAGCAGCAGCAGGAGACAACGCAAGCACCAUACUUUUGGAUAGCACUCAAAAUCACCAUGCACAACAACAACAGCAAGCACUGCUAAAUCAAAACCAUCACCAGGGAAUGCAGCAAAACAAUCAUCAACAACAAACGCAACACUUGCAUCAGCAGCAACAAUCGAUGUUAAGUAACGAUUUCGGCUGCGUUGCAGCUGGUCUCGUCGACGAAGCGGUCAAAUCGAUAAUGACAUCCUGACAACUUACUGCAGCGGAUCAGCAGCAGAAUCAACAACAACUGCAAGCGCUCGGAUCGAGACAACGCGCUGUAGCUAGAUCCACAACAACGGCAGCAGCAGCAAUAACGGCGAUUACAGCUGGUGGCAAUAGUAUUGGCAACAAUCGUAACAACAUUGUAAAUACAGGAGUGAUACUAGAGUUUAAUACAAGUGCUUUAUGAGCUGUGCGUCGUAAAAGAAGCGCUUAGUAGGGCGUAUGUGUCUUGUAAAAGAGAAGUGGAGAGUGCAGAGUAAGGCGCAUCGUUAAAAUAGCACAUUUGGAACCACAUGCAGCUAUAAAAAACGAGCAUUAUUCUACAUUUCUUAUUAUGCCGUAUUUCCACUGGGCAUUAAUUGAUGAAAAUAUUUAAUGAUAAGUUUUGGCAUUACAAACAAAUCGGUAUACUUACGUUCUGUCGACCGCUGUGGUGUAGUGGUAAGCAGUGCGUGCUUUCACUCCGCUGCGCCUCGGUUUAAACCCUGGUCAAAGCAACAUCGAAGAAAAAAGGUUUUUUCUUACAGCGGCCGUCCCUCAGCAGGCCAUGGUAAACUUCCGAGUGUAUUUCUGCCGUGAAAAACAGCUCUCAUAAAAAUACAAUCGCCGUUCGGAGUCGGUGUAAAA